ACCCACUCACAUCUUGAAUGAAGAUAUCUUACAGCUUGGAGGCAUGGAGAAAUUAUCAGCCACUUGCAUAGUAAUUUAUAUGAGGUACUUAUAUACUGUGCUUGAAGAGUUAGACAUGGUAGGCUCUGUUACUUUUGUUGAUCCUGCUGUAAUCUCUGCUCCAUGGUGUGGGACAAGUUUUGUAAGAUCCCGUAAGCUAGCAGACCGAUUCAAAGGAGCACAAAAUGAUCAGAUGUUCUUUAUCCCUUACAACUCCGGUGAUCAUUGGAUGUUAACGAUUGUCCAUCCAGUGAAGGAGACGACCUAUUUUGUUGACUCAUUUUAUCAGAGCAUAAUUGAUAGUGAAUGGAAACAUGUUGUGAAUGAUGCAAUUAAUAUAUUCAAUCGGCAAAGGAAUAAGCAAGGACGUAAAACUCCACUAUGGAAAGUCCUGAUGGUAUGUUUUAAUUUAGAAUAUGCCUUAUUAAAUGAAAUUCAGAUGUGUUGAUUUUGGGGUAUUAAUAGAUUCCUGUUACACGUCCUCUAGGGUGCUCUAAAACAACCGACAAACAAAGAAUGUGGCUAUUACAUCAUGCGCUUUAAGAGGGACCUAAUCCUUGAAGAUAUUCAAGGUGUACUAGCUAAGUGGGAAGGAACUAUGAAGACCACAUACCUUCAAGAAGAAAUCGAUGAAGUCCGUGAUGAGUGGGCAGAAUUCGUUAGCGACAAGUAUCUUUAGACUCCUUAGUUCUAUGGUUUAACUACGUACCUAAUGAAACUUCUUUAAUUUGUUGCAAAAUUUACCUUUUCCUUUAUAUGAGAGCUAAGUAUCUUUAUGACAGCUAGUACUAUUUAGGUUUCUUUUACUUUUUGC